GCCACUGUGGAUUUCAUCGGCGGGUUCCCUCGGUCACCAUGUCUGUGCUGGACGUGUUGUGGGAGGACCGCGACGUGCGCUUCGACGUGUCCUCGCAACAGAUGAAAACAAGACCUGGGGAAGUCCUUAUUGAUUGUUUAGAUUCGAUUGAAGACACAAAAGGAAACAAUGGAGACAGAGGUAGACUCUUAGUCACAAACUUGAGGAUCAUCUGGCACUCCUUGGCACUGCCCAGAGUCAAUCUUUCUAUUGGUUACAACUGCAUAUUGAAUAUCACAACAAGAACUGCUAACUCUAAACUACGAGGCCAAACCGAAGCUCUUUAUAUAUUGACAAAAUGCAACACUACCCGGUUUGAGUUUAUAUUCACAAACCUGGUUCCUGGGAGCCCCAGACUUUUUACUUCUGUGAUCGCAGUGCACAGAGCAUAUGAAACUUCUAAAAUGUACCGUGACUUUAAGUUGAGGAGCGCAGUCAUUCAGAACAAGCAGCUGAGGUUACUACCACAGGAGCAUGUGUAUGAUAAGAUCAAUGGUGUAUGGAAUCUAUCCAGCGACCAGGGGAAUUUAGGAACUUUUUUUAUCACCAAUGUAAGAAUUGUGUGGCAUGCCAAUAUGAAUGACAGUUUUAAUGUCAGCAUACCAUAUCUGCAAAUUCGUUCAAUAAAGAUCAGAGAUUCAAAAUUUGGUCUGGCGCUUGUCAUAGAAAGCUCUCAACAGAGUGGAGGAUACGUUCUUGGCUUUAAAAUAGACCCCGUGGAAAAACUACAGGAAUCAGUUAAAGAGAUCAACUCACUUCACAAAGUCUAUUCUGCCAGUCCAAUAUUUGGAGUGAAUUAUGAAAUGGAAGAAAAGCCACAGCCACUUGAAGCUCUGACUGUUGAACAAAUUCAAGACGAUGUGGAAAUAGACCCUGAUGACCACACAGAUGCUUUUGUGGCUUAUUUUGCUGAUGGGAAUAAGCAACAAGAUCGUGAACCUGUGUUCUCAGAAGAACUGGGGCUUGCAAUAGAGAAGCUGAAGGAUGGAUUCACACUACAGGGACUUUGGGAAGUGAUGAGUUGAUCUUGAGUUGAGCUGGAUCUCUAUUUAAAGAUAUCUC